ACGCACACAGUACUGGUUUGCAUGCGGCCAUGGCCGUCUUUUUUCAUGUCCUACGACUUAGCAAACAGUAGCUACAGCUGUUUUAGAAUCGUUGCUUUUCCCUGACAAAAAGAGGGGAGGGGCUGAGUAGUUGACUAUAUAAGCUAGCUAGCUAGAGCUCCAGCUCGCAAAACACGACAAGAUGACUGGUUCAGGAGGGGUAGACACGCAGGCUCCCCGGCCAAAGAUCGCCGCCAUGGAGCGAGGCCCGGGGCCUAGUCGGUACGCACUACCGUCGCUGACUGGCCGCGAGGGGCACUCGCCGACGAAAAAAAUUUUCCCUGCCUAUUCCUUCGGCAGGAAAGUGGGAGGAGGAUUUAUUGCCCCAGACUGCAGCCCAGGCCCGGUGCACAACGUGGAUCCAUCCUUUACCCGGUACGGCAGAGAGGGCGUCCCUUCUUACUCUCUCUACGCCCGACACAAGGAGCUGACGGCAUUCAAGACCCCGGGUCCAGGAGCCUACAGGCCGGAGCAGAGCCAGACUUGCUUCCAGGGAGAAAAGAAGAUGCCGGCCUACAGCAUGGCAGCUCGCACCCGCUACCGAAAAAGGGAUGCCAACCCUUCCCCCAACACCUACACGCUGCCCACCCUGCUGGGAGAGAGGGUCCCCUACAAACCCAGCUCGGCCUGCUACAGCAUGGCCAAACGACUGAAGGCUGGAGACUUUGCCGCCGACUACGCCAAGACCCCAGGACCUGCACGCUACGACUCGGUGUCAGCUGAACUUACUCAGCCGAGGAGACCGUCCUAUUCCAUUCAGGCUCGCCAGUUCAUGCCUGGAGAUCCGACACAGAAGCCAGGCCCAGGGGCCCACUGUCCUGAGCGAUGUAACGUCACCAAGCGACAAGCACCCGCUUACUCCCUCGGCAUCCGCCACUCCGAGUUUGUGUGUCCCCUCAUCAUCGAGGUCUCGGACUAGCCACACCCACUGCCACACCCACUACACUAGCUGCCAGAAUACGAUGUAGUAGUCGAUGAUUAUUUUUUUUUUUUUUGUUUUUAAAUGUGCAUUUUUUUGGUCAUAGCAAGAUGUUUUUCUAGCGAUUUGAUGUUACAUCUGGGCUAUAAUUAUAAGUAAAAAAAUUGCCAUUCAACUGCACAUCACACAAAGGAGAAAUAGA